CUCUGGCAUAUUAUUUUAUUGUUAUAUGACAAUGAUGACAAUUUGUGUUUGUUUCCUUUCUGUUCUUUCAAGCAUUUAAUAAAAACCCCGAUUUUUUAAACUACUUUUAUUAUGCGUGAAGAUUAGGUGACGCAUUUCCGCUCGCCCGCUACUGGAGGUCACGUGUUUCCUGUGGAGCUCCACUCGCCCGUAGUCUGCAGCCAGACCCUUCUCAGGCGAUCUGAAGCUCUUUAGUCCACCGAUAAACCAACUAAAGAAAGAAAGAGUUUGCGUGUUAAGUGUUGUCUUGUCUCGGUGUAUUUUAGUGUUGAGAUGUUGAUGAUGAGAGAUGUGAACGCGAUGUGCUGUAAGUCAGUAGGAACUGAUAUGUCCAUGCUGGAUAUUGAUGAUUUCAUCACAGAAAUCUCUCAGCUGAAGAAAGAGGUGGCGUUACUGGAGGCAAAGCUGAGAGGAGAUGAAGGAGUGAAGAGAGAGGAUGUGGAUUGUUGUGAAUCUUCAGUGUAUGUGACUGCUGGAUGUCUGGAUUCAGUGUUGAUGAACAGAGAUCAGAGCCGCACACCACAGCCACUGCUGGACUCUAAACUCUCUGAAGAGAAAUCCAGACACACACAGGACUCAGAGCUCAGUCUCACUUUACUCUGUUAUACUGAGUCAAAGCCCACAGACACUCAGGACACUGUGUGUAACAGUAAUCAGGGCUUACAGGAUGAGGAAUCUACUGAUCAAACCUCCACAGAGUCUCUGGAUUCUGUCUGUAACGCUGGAGAACAGCAGCAGAUACUGCAGACCACACUGAAGAUGUGUUCAGUCAAACUGAUCGACUGCAGGAACCUGAUGAUGAAGAUUAAAACAGAACCCACAAAAGAGGAAGAUCACACCGAUAAAGAUGAAGACAAUCAUGCAGAUGAUUUAAUUUCACCAGAUGUGAAGAGUGAAUCAUGUUCCGAGGGAGAAACAUCCUCAACAUCAGAAGAGCGACUGACAGCACAAACUCUUUCCUGCAUCACCUGUGGAAAGACAUUCAGCUCACAGAGACAUUUAGAGACACAUGAGAGAAAACACACAGAACAGAAACUCAGCUUUACUACCUUACAAGAGAAGAAACUUCAUCAUUCAAAAGAACACGAAGAGAAGAAGGAGCAGCAGCAGUUUCACUGUGAGCAGUGUGGGAUGAAUUUUGUCGUCUUAUCUCAGCUGGAAGAUCACAUGAAGUUACACAAUGGUGAAUCGCCUUUCUGCUGCACUGAAUGUGGAAAUUACUUCAGCACCAAACAAAGUCUUGAUGCUCAUCAGAGAAUUCACACAGGAGAAAAACCAUACGAGUGUCCUCACUGUGAGAUGAGAUUCAGAGAAAAAAGCUGUCUGAAGAAACAUGUGUUUAUACACACCAAUGAGAGACCGUAUCAGUGCAGUAAAUGUGACAAAGCCUUUAGGGAUUCAGGUACAUUAAAAAGACACCAGAAUAUUCACUUUAAAGAGAAACGCUAUCAAUGUUCACACUGUGAUAAACGUUUCUGUCAGAAAUAUCAUCUGAUACGCCACGAGAGAAUUCACACUGGAGAGAAACCUCAUCGCUGUAGUGUCUGUGGGAAGAGUUUUAGUCGACGUGAUCAUUUAGUGAAUCACCAGAGUAUUCAUACAGGUGAAAAACCUUACAAAUGCUCUCAGUGUGAGAAGAGGUUUACUCAGUCAGGUGCCUUAAAAGCCCAUCAGAGAAUUCACACCGGAGAGAAACCUUACAUCUGCUCUCACUGUGGAAGGAGCUUCAUUGAUCUUAGAUCUUUAAAAGCCCAUGAGAGCAUUCACACUGGAGAGAAACCUCAUCGCUGUAGUGUUUGUGGGAAGAGUUUUAAUCGACAUAACAAUUUAGUGAGUCACCAGAGAAUUCAUACAGGUGAAAGACCUUACAAAUGCUCUCAGUGUGAGAAAUCGUUUACUCGUUUACCUAACUUAAAAGCCCAUGAGAGCAUUCACACUGGAGAGAAACCUCAUCGCUGUAGUGUUUGUGGGAAGUGUUUUAAUCAACAUGACAAUUUAGUGAGUCACCAGAGAAUUCAUACAGGUGAAAAACCUUACAAAUGCUCUCAGUGUGAGAAAUCGUUUACUCAUUUCCCUAACUUAAAAGCCCAUGAGAUAAUUCACACCGGAGAGAAACCUCAUCACUGUAGUGUCUGUGGGAGGAGUUUUGUGCAGCGUGGAAAUUUAGUAAUCCACCAGAGAAUUCAUACAGGUGAAAAACCUUACAAAUGCUCUCAGUGUGAGAAAUCGUUUACUCAUUUAACUCACUUAAAAGCCCAUCAGAUAAUUCACACUGGAGAGAAACCUCAUCACUGUAGUGUCUGUGGGAAGAGUUUUGGGUGGCUUGAAAAUUUAGUAGUGCACCAGAGAACUCAUACAGGUGAAAAACCUUACAAAUGUUCACACUGUGACAAGUCAUUUGCUCAAUCAGGUGGCUUAAAAGCCCAUGAAAGAUUUCAUACUGGAGAGAAACCUUACGUCUGCUCACAGUGUGGAAGGAGCUUCACUGUUCUUAGUUCUUUAAAAGCCCAUGAGAUAAUUCACACUGGAGAGAAACCUCAUCGCUGUAGUGUUUGUGGGAAGUGUUUUAAUCGACAUAACAAUUUAGUGAGUCACCAGAGAAUUCAUACAGGUGAAAAACCUUACAAAUGCUCUCAGUGUGAGAAAUCGUUUACUCAGUUAAAUAACUUAAAAGCCCAUCAGAUAAUUCACACCGGAGAGAAACCUUACGUCUGCUCACAGUGUGGAAGGAGCUUCACUGAUCUUAGAACUUUAAAAGCCCAUGAGAGAAUUCACACUGGAGAGAAACCUUAUUACUGUAGUGUUUGUGGGAAGUGUUUUAAUCGAUAUGACCAUUUAGUGAAUCACCAGAGAAUUCAUACAGGUGAAAAACCUUACAAAUGCUCUCAGUGUGAGAAAUCGUUUACUCAUUUAACUAGCUUAAAAGACCAUCAGAGUGUUCAUACAGGAGAGAAACCUCAUCACUGUAUUGUUUGUGGGAAGUGUUUUAAUCGACAUGACAAUUUAGUGAGUCACCAGAGAAUUCAUACAGGUGAAAAACCUUACAAAUGUUCACAUUGUGACAAGACGUUUGCUCAUUCCGUUUCCUUAAAAGCCCAUGAGAGAAUUCACACUGGAGAGAAACUGAAAUGAGUCUUCAAUGGUCUCCAUUUCAAGGUUUUUAUUAACGGAAUGAGAAUGUUGUGAAACUGCACUGUCUGUGUUUAGUAUAAUAACACCUUCUAGAUCUGCUGCUAUCAAGGCCGUAGCCAGGAUUUUUCAAAUACCGAGGACAACCCCUACAUUUUUUUUAUUAUUUAUAUUUUUUCCAUAUUACAGAAUAAUAAUAAAUGCGUUCAAACUACGACAUAGCACAAA